AUGUCCCUGUCUUCUGCUGCCCAAUCGCCGGUGUCCAGUAACGACUCUCGCAUCUCCGUCGACGAUAUUAUCGAUGAUGUACUCAUGGAGGACCAAGAAGAACUUUUACCCACGAUAUUCGAUAUGGUGUCGUCUGAGCUCACCGCACUGGGUGCAAUUCCGCUUGAACGAUUCGUGGUUGAGGAUAAUCCAGUAGAGCUGGGCUGCAUUCCAUUAGAACCAACACCAAUUACGCUCCCCUCUAGCUCCAAAUCCAUCUCACAAGAGAGCAAAAAUGAUCAUCAUCAGGCGGUGGCAAAGCUGUAUGAGGCAUGUCUUCGUGCCUUUGACGGUACCGACGCGAUUAGCUUUGAUUACAAAGAGGAUUUGGGUCCCAAUUCACGCGAGUGUAUUCUAACGAUUACACGACCGGAUGGUCGAAAAAGAUCUUACACCUCUGGACCUUACUUCUCCAAGAAAAAUGAGGCCAAGUCUCAUGUAGCUGCUCUCGCAAUCGGCAUGAACGUCAUGAGCUUCAUUCAAUACGGCGAUAUCAAUUCAAGAGGAAGGCCGAAUCUAACGGACUCCUUGGAUGCACAAACGCGACUAAAGACGCAAGAUGGAAAAGGCAUCUCGUAUUUUGACAAAAGGGAAACCAUUGUGAACGACCCCAAUGUCAAGGCUAUUUCCGAUUGUUGUAUCGAAUGGCGAGCUGGCUUGGUGAAGCCUACUUAUGUGCAUUUUUCGGAGCCUUCGGUUACUGUACGAGACUAUAUAGUGAACGGGAAAAGGGCCAAAAUCCCAUCCGACGCUGAAAUAAUGGCAUUGAAACAAGGAUGUGCAUUGAAGGUUGAAAUCUCGCCGUUUACCUCUCGGGUGUAUUCUGUUCAUCACGUCUACUUGACUAGAGCAGAGGCGAAGGCAGCUGUCGCCGCCGUUGCGAUUGAGCAGGGUAUUCUCGAGUUCAUCAAAUACGCCAACGGACAAACAUCCCCUACAGUCUUUAUACGGGAGUUGGAUGAUGAUGCGAGUGAACAUCUCAAUCAAGAGCUUAUCAACGAAACUGUCGAAAGGGAGAAAGAGGUGGAAAUAGAGGCCACAGCUGUUAAUGUGACUCUCAAGAAGCAUCAAAUCCCCAUCGAUGUCAUGACACUGCAAGCUUUCACCAAUUCUCUGCCAAAACCGUUCCCAGAGACGCCUGGGCUCAAGCCUCUAGGGGAUGGCAACCCGAUUGGAUGGCUCAACUCUGCAGUACAGAGCGCUCGGGGAAGUAAGAUGAACAUCACCUGGACGUACCUGUCAGAUGCAAAGCGUUCCCAUGGCCGGUCCUAUCUUGUAGAGCCUCAGUUCACAAAGAGAUCGGACGCAAAGUCGGCAGUCGCCCUGCUUGCUAUCUCUCAGAACGUCGGUGGUUGGAUCGCCGGUAUCUCGGAGACGAUAGAAAACCUGCUCCCCCAAGACACAAAACAAAAGGCCUAUUCCCUAGUACCGACCCUGAGUCAUGAAUGCAAACGGGCUGGUCUGAAUCAACAGCCUGUCUAUUCCUUCGUUCAUGAGGAAGGGGUACCAGUUCAGUAUCGUACGAGGCUGGAGGCUCGAUUGGCUGUGGUUCUCCAAGCUUAUGAAGAGGGCAUAUUGGAAUUCAUCCGAUUCAAAGACAAAACACCUCCUCUAGGUUACAUCCGAGACGGUUGGCGAACAAAGCAAGCUAGAGGAGUUCAUGACAUCAGAAUCGAAGACCAAGAUAUAAAGAAGGUACAGAUGGAUACUAGGCGACACUCAUAUCCCCAAGUAAGAGGAGUAGAGCGUUAUGACCGCAAGCAAGGCCCAAAUACACUUCCUAGCUCUGUACCUCGAGGACCCAGGAUGGCGGGUCUCAUGCGAAAUCGGAUUGGUAGGUAUAGGCAAGGAGAUUCUAUCGACAUGCAAGAGAGAUUUGCUGGUCAAAGCAUAGAUGAAAGACACCCAAAGCCUGCUCUUUUCACGACCUUGCCAGUUGAAUCCAUAGGAUCUACUUCAGAUCAUCAUCACACUCUAGGCGUGACUCAGAAUCAGGAUGCCGAGUCCCUGAACCCUGGCGUAUCUCAGUAUGCCAUCGUCCGUGGACAUCCCUCACAUGUUUCUGAGAACGUACACCCUAGGGGAGGUGGCCCAGUGCCAAUGAUGUAUGAACAAACAGUGCAAUUCCCUCCUAUUCACCCAGUUCCACCACCACUUCUCUAUCCAUCUGGUCCUUUCUCUCAUAGUCCGAUUCACAUACCUUUUGCGUCUCAGCCCCACUUGCUUUACCCGUUUCCACCUUCUCUCUCAACACACCAUCCUUCUCAACCUCCUGGCUAUCCAUUCUUGCCAUCUGCUGUACCGCCCUCCGUGUAUCCACCGGGAAACGCAUUUGGCACCGGGGGACAUCCGAAUGCCCCUCCAUUCUCGCUUGAUACUGAACUGCAGUUCAAUAGGGGUCCCCCCGAAUCAUAUGACGGGCGACCUGGCGGACCGAACGGUCCUGGCGAUCCUGAACAGUUCAGCAAAUAUGGAGGUCUCAGG